CUUACCUGGGUUUGGUUAAUUAACAUUUUAUAUUUUAUACCAUAUAGAAAUUCUUUGAAUGAUAAAGUAAAAUGGUAUUUAAAAUUCUCAUUAAUUGGAUUUUUAGGAUAUUCAACCAUUUUCAUGGGUUGGAUGGGUAUUUAUUUAGUAAAUAGAAAUAAAUGGGGUGCAUUUGGUGAUGAUAUUUCAAUUACUAUCCCAUUUGGCUAA